AUGGCCAUCAUUACUCCACGAACCAAGCUUUUGGUCGGCAUCGACUACGGAACGACAUACUCGGGGGUAUGUUUCGCACUCUCAAAUGCCUCUGAUUUCAAAGAUAUAAACACCUGGACCAAAUACCCCGGCGCGGCCUCACAUAGCGCCCAACAUACCAUCAAAGCCCCGACAAGAGUUGCCUUCCCAGAGGAAAACGACGACCUCGAUAGGACAGCAUGGGGCUACGAAGUCGAAGCAGGCAUGAAAUCGUAUUCCUGGACAAAACUGCUUCUCGAUGAUACUCUGCCUUCCGAGUUUGAUGUCACAGAUACGCACACCACCAUGGAUCCCGAGAUCAUGCGUCUCCCCAACAACAUGUCGGCAAAGGACGUUGCCAGGGAGUAUCUUGCGGGAAUGAGGAAGAUGUUUGACGAGAAUAUCAAGCAGAACAUUGGAGCUCAUGAGCUAGAUGAUCUUCCAAUGGAGUUUUGGAUAACAGUGCCCACCUCGUGGAACGAAAGGACGAAACUCCUUACCAAGAGCGCGGCCAUGGAAGCAGGGUUCGGCAAGAGGGAAGUUGACAGUAUCAGACUCAUCCCAGAGCCGGAAGCGGCAGCACACAUGGCAUUGAAGACCGGCAUCCACCGGUUCGAGGGCUUCGUCAAGCCCAAGACAGGUGUAUUAGUAUGCGAUUGUGGCGGCGGUACCGUGGAUAUUACGACGUAUGAGAUUGAGAGGACGGAACCGACACUCACGCUCCGAGAAAUCGUCGUUGGUGUAGCUAAAAAGAAGAUGAAGCAACUGAAAAAGAAUGCCAACGAUGUCAUUUCUCCAGCCGGCAAAUGCGGUGACACAUGUGUCGAUCGAAACCUCUUGAAACUCCUCUCCAUCGUCAGAGAAAAGAAAUGCCAAAAGCACUACGGCCACGCUCUCGCCGAGGUCUACAAUCCGUCACUUCACAGCAACUACAACACAGAAAGGAGAUGUAUCUACAAAGAUGUCAUGGAUAGAGUUGACAGACUUACCGGCUUCAUGUUCUGGCAGAUUCCAAAGGUUUACUCUCGAAAGGGCACCCUCAUUGAUUCAAAAACCGAAAUCAACUCAGAGUUUGUCAACAAUUAUAGGGGUCCUGUUAUCAAAUCCGGAGAGCAUUUUCUUUACUCGUGUAGUUUAGACGCUGCGCCGAGUACCAUUGACGAUAAUCGCGUCGAGACGAUUGGGAGAAUUCUGUACACCCUGCACGAUCUAGAUUGGUCUCAAGUCCCCAACGUCAAGCAGCUUACAGGCGAGAAUGGGGAGACGUGCACCGAGAUCCCUCUAGUUCUCAACAUUCGCCUGGAUGAUGAAGUGGGCCAUUUGGUGUUUCGCAUCUUGUGUAAUGGGAGAGAGGCUGGGAAAGCAAAAUUGGACUUGGAUUAUUAG